CUGACCUCAGUGUCAAUCGUCUCGUCUCGCAUCGCGUCGCCUGGUCGCUGGGUCGCCUGGCCGGGCUCCUGCCUCCCCGUCUCCACCCCGCGCGCAUCCGUUGUCGCGCGACCACCCUCGUCCAAAGUGGCGGCGCUUACCCUCCUCAGCUCCUCCGAGACCGAACUAUCGCUCCAGCAGCACCUCAACAUCGCGCCCGACCUCCUCGCGAACUACGAGCGCAUUGCCACAGACGCCGGGGACCAAGAGCCGUUGAUGAUGGCACAAUCCGUGCCUCAUCAAACGACCGACAGGAGGCGCGUCAAGGUCUACGAGCUCCGUGACAACGACUGGUUCGAUCGCGGCACGGGAUUCUGUACCGCAACAUGGACUGAAACCGAAGAGGGAAGGGCCAAAGAGCCCCGCGUAAUUGUCGACUCCGAAGACGAACCGCUGAGGACAUUGCUAGAGACUAGGAUCUGUAAGGAAGAUGGCUUUCAGAAGCAACAAGAAACACUUAUCGUCUGGACAGAACCAAGUACGGGGAUUGAUAUGGCUUUGAGUUUCCAAGAGGCUGAUGGCUGUGCCCAGAUAUGGAAAUUCGUUAAUGAUGUCCAACGAACUCUGCAAGGGGACGUUGUAGGCCCAGUGGAUGACAGCCUUUCGGACGACCUGGCAAUAGAUGUUCCGCCCUCCAUUCAACUUCCACCCGCCGAAUUGGGUAGCCUCCCAGACCUCGAAACGACGAUACGAGUGAUCAGCAGCUCAGCAAACGGCCGUGACACCCUCGCCAAGUUGAUAAUGCACGAGGAUUACAUCGGCAAAUUGAUCCCAUUGGUUGAGAUGGCCGAGGAUCUAGAGAGCCUCCAGGACUUGCAUCGGCUUUGCAACAUCAUGAAGACAAUCCUCCUGCUUAAUGACACGACGAUUAUCGAACAUGCGGUGUCUGACGAAUGCAUACUGGGCGUGGUUGGUGCUCUCGAGUACGACCCUGAUUUCCCACAACACAAGGCAAACCAUCGACAAUGGUUGAAGGACCAGUCAAGGUACAAAGAGGUGGUUCGGAUCGAGGAUGAUCAGGUCAGGCGCAGGAUUCACCAGACAUAUCGCCUGCAGUACAUGAAAGAUGUUGUGCUGGCCCGGAUCCUGGAUGAUCCCACCUUUUCGGUGCUGAAUUCGAUGAUCUUCUUCAAUCAGGUGGAGAUAGUUCAGCAUCUCCAGUCCAACGGCGCCUUCCUGCGCGACCUCUUCUCCAUCUUCAACCCAGAAGAGAAGACAGAGCAGCUCAGAAAAAAGCAAGCGGUCCUGUUCAUACAGCAAUGCUGCGCUAUCGCCAAGAAUCUGCAGAUCCAAAACCGCCAGGGGUUUUACAGCAGCUUGCUGAACCAUGGCCUGCUUGCUGUCAUCAACUUUGGCCUUCGGAACUUUGACGUUUCUGUCCGGGUAGGGGCCACGGACAUCUUGGUUUCUAUGAUCGACCAUGAUCCCCAUAUGAUUCGCCAUACUCUGCUGCGGCAGAUUCUGGCGAAGCAGCUCCCACUCACGGACACCCUCAUUGACCUUCUCUUGGUUGAGGUGGAUCUGGGUGUGAAGUCUCAGAUCUCUGACGCGCUCAAAGUUCUUCUCGACACCAUUCCCACCAGCCAGGGGCAGGACGGCGGAAUUAAAUUGGUGAAUGGGGAGCUACAGUCGCGCCCACGACCCAUGAAUCAGAUCAACAGCCUGGAGGGCCAGCAGCAGACUAUCCUUGAGGACUUCUACGGACGCUCCGCCGCACGACUGUUUAAGCCUCUACUCGACUUGGAGGGCCGCACUGAACUCAAGUUUUCUGUCCACACUGACGGUAUUUUCAGCUAUCUCAAUGACAUCCUCUGCUUCUUUGCCCGACAACACCACAAUUUGUGCAAGAAGUUUAUCAGAGACCACAACAUUGCAUCGCGGUUUGCCCAGUUGCUCUCUUGCAAGGAAAAGCAUCUGCAGCUUGUGGCAAUUCGAUUUUUCCGUCGUCUGGUCAACCACGUCGCCGAUGAGUUCUACGUUAAGCUUGUCGCUGAGAAGCAAGUCCUCGGGCCGAUACUGGAUGUCCUCCUACUCACUCUUCCACGCGACAAUCUUCUCAGUUCUGCAUGCCUAGACAUCUUUGAAUACAUUCGUAAGGAAAAUAUCAAAGACCUCGUCAAGCACCUAGUGGAGAACUACAGAGAGAAAAUGACCGCGCUCGGCUACAUCGACACAUUCAGGGAUCUCGUCCAAGGCUACGAGCAGAAUAGAGGUUUUGCCGGCAAUAUGGACACAUACUUCAUGGAAUCCGAGGAUGAGAUGGGCAGGCGCCCAACACACGUCAAUGGGCGCAUGAUGGAGCAGAUAAGCGUGGAUCCGAUGGAGGAGGAGUAUUGGAACACCUCCGACGAUGAAGACGAGAACCAGACAAAGCUGGCCGCCAGGGACUCUCUAGUCACCGGCCCCGGCCCCAGUCCCAGCCCCGGGCCCCUCAGCGCCCUUGUCGACUAUCACUCAGAUGAGGAGUCGGAUGAGAAUGGUGGUGAUGUGGUGAUGACCCAGCCCGACUCAGAGAUCAACAAAGAGACGAAAGGAGAGAAGACUGAAGAGGAGCCUCUAACUCCGAACAGUGCGCCCCCGCCCGAGCGACUCAGUGAGAAACGCCGACGAGAGGAAGAGGACGAUGAUGAGUUGGGCAAGAUGAUGCAGCAGAACAAGCGACGCAACAGUACGUCUGCAGUCCAGAAUGCGAGUGGCGCUGCGGCUACACUGCGCAAGAAGAAGCCUUUCGGCGGAUCAACAAGCUCUGGAACGGCGGGGGUCAAGAAGAUUGACAUCAGGCUGUCCCCUGCCAUCCAGAGUUCCAUUGGGCAAGACUCACCAGGGCAAGAUGAUGCGGCAUGA